UAGCUGGCGGUCAGACCUCCGCCAGACUGCGCUCACCCUCGUUUCAGGCAUGGCGGGACCACGGAACAGGCUACUCCAGCUCGGAUUAUGCUUUGCAUUAUCUGCAGCCCUCUACUCUCAAGUCAGCGGCCAAGCUGUUAUUAAUUGUGUCGACGUGCAGAACGUGACGAAUGCAGUGUUCUCGAUGAGGACCGCGACCAGCAUGGUGCUGCAGUGGGGCCUUCACCCGCUGUUCCCCAGCAGCUGCGUGCAGCAGUUCGCGGUCUGCUGGCAAGCCGAGGAGGACGCGGGGGGUUCCUCCGCCUGCCAGGCGCUCCUCCCCACCGCCACCUCGGUGGCCAUGUCCGGGCUGCAGCCCUGCACGACCUACAUCGUCAGGGUCACCGUCAAGACGCUGCUGGGGGCCUCCAGCACCGCCGUGUUCGGCAACACCACAGGGGCGGACGGCGCGACCAACGUGACCGUGUCGCGGCUUAGCUCCUCCUCGCUGAACUUCACCUGGCGGUACGACUCCCGGAGGCUCGCCUGCGUGUCGCGGUUCGUCGCGCUGGUGUGCGACUCGAGCGGCCAGGCAGCGACCGCGUGUCGCUGCUACCCGGCGCCGCCGGCCAACGACAGCUACAGCGUCGCCGUCCUGGACCUGCAGCCGUGUCGGGUGUUCCACCUCAGGGUCCUGGCCGAGGUCACCGGCCCGGCAACCGCGGCCGUCAGCUCCCCCGAGACGGCAUUCUACCUGGACGGCGUGGCGGUGACCGCGUUCAACGCCACGGAGGUGGGUUCCUCGUCGCUGACGGUGGGCUGGACGCUGGCCCAGGACCCCCCUGCCCCGGCCACCUGCCAGCACACCCUCGUGGCGUGUGCCGAGCCGCUGGCCGAGGGUCGCCGGCGCUGCGCCGCCAACGUCACCAGUCCCGCCAACACCACUGCCACGAUCACCAACCUGAGGCCGUGCGCGCCCUACCAGCUGCGGCUCGGCCUGACCACGCCCGGCGGCGAGAGCACCACUCUGGGACCUGUGCAGCACACCUACAGCACCGACCGGCGGCUGGUGGCCUCGCUGCAGCUGAACCGCUCCCGAGACCAGCUGCAUGUGCGCUGGACUCCCCUGCUCGCCAGCCCCGCCUGCGCCAAGGGCUACAGAGUGUGCUGGAACGAGACCGCCGGCGCCGAGUGCGUGUUCGUCAACUCCACCACCACCUCCUUCACCAUCCUGGACCUGGACAUCGGUGCUUACGUCGUCGAGGUGGCGGGCGUCUUCUUCGACGACUCGCUGUCCAACAACGUCACCCGGACCGCGAGGAUAUCUGGCACAGCAAGACACUUCGUCUCUCCAAUCAUCCUUGCGUUAGCAAUUGCAAGUGGAAAAGCACUGCAGCUGACAUAGUUUACCGUGAAGAAACUACAACUCAAAUUGUAAUACCGUUAUGUUGUAAAACAAGGUAAAAUAUAGUCGAAACUAAUUGUAAUUUAAGUAAAAUUAGGGUUGAUUUUUUAACAUAUACCAAAUAAUGUAAGUAUUUACAGGAUUUUUAAAUGUAAAGAGUAGCUGGGAAAAAAAUAACACUAUUUAAUAUAACUUUCUUUUACUCCUGUUAUAAAAUCACUUAAACUAUAUACAAUUUUGUAGCAUUAAAAAUUUAAUCUUUGCUAAUUUUGCUAGGUAGUAAAGAAAUGUUUUAGUUACAAGUUCUGUUUUUAUACAUGCAUUUCAAAGUUAACAAAUUAAUAGUGGUUUUUAUCUGCGAGGCAUAGGUUUGUAGGUAAUCAUUCAUAGUAAUUCAAAACUAAAUUGCGAAAUACUCAACAGCUUCAUAUAAUAACGGAAGACAAAAUUCUAAUUUUUCUAAAUGAAAAUUAUCACAAAAAAAAGAAGAUACAUAUCUGAAACCCGUACCUACGUCUGCAAAAAAAGUAUUUAUAAUAAAAUUACAUAUUUUUUUCGUAAUAAUCUCAAAAUAUCAAGUGUAGUAUGUAUGGAGUAUUAAAUAUCAUAGCGAAAUUAUUAUAUCUAGGCUACUUAAGUUUUUAAACUUAAGGAAAGGUUCGAACAUAAUAAUUUAAAACAACAAAAUUAUAAGAAAAGUGAAAUCUCUUGUUGAAGAAUAAUUUACUUUGUACAAAAAAAUUUUUGGACGGAAAUAAACAUAAGUACACAACCAAUAAAUGAACUUUUGAUACUGUAAAAUUUUAUACAUAAUACAUGUUUUAUACUAUUACUUUUCAAUCCAUUAAAAUUACAAAUAAUUAAAUAGCGAUGUAACUGCGAUAUGCACAAAUAUAAAACAAACUUUCUGUAUUUAUGUACUCAAAUACGUUCAUGUUUAAUAACCCCGAUGAGUUAAUUAAGUUUCUGAGGGUGUCAUUGUAUGAAAUAAAACAUUUAUGCUCCUG